ACGUCAUCCAUGAGAUGGGCGGUUGAUUGCUUUGCUGGAGCAGGAGAGAGAAAGAAAGAGACGAGCAGAGCUCUCUCCCCUCCUCCUCCUCCCUCUCCUCUUCCUAAAUUCAACUUUUUGCAGCUUGCCGGAAGGUUGGGUGCAGGGGCUCCUUGCAUGGGGGUGCAGUGGGGUGACCUCACAGGGGCUGCCUUUGGCUGCUCUUCCUUCCCUGCAGUCUGGCUGCCAGGGGCUGUGGGUCACCCUAAGAUAUCCCCUGCAUCGCCCCCCCCUAGGUGGGCCCUGCAUCCUGUGUGCACCAGGAAUGCACCAGGCUUGGGGGUGCAGCUGGUGUCUGCCUGAGCCCCCCCAUGCAGAAGACCCCCCGAGGAUUCAGGGCUGACCCCCCCAUCUCUGUGAGGACAGCAGCAGCAGGAGGAGGCAGCACCCCCCCACCCCAGAUGCCAUGGGGGUGCUGUGAGCCCCGGACUGCAGUGAAGGUCUCUGCGGGGUGACUGACAUGAAGUUCCUCGUCUCCUGCACCCGUGGCCCCUGUCUGUGGAGGUAUGGCCUCUCCCCUGCAGAUGUUCUCCUCCCACGGCCUCUCGUUGAGCGCCUUCUGUAGUGCGAAGAAGCCAAAGUUGGAAAUCGGCUCUAUCUGGGAUAUGACCGGUUACGGCUGCCACAGCAAGGUCUAUAAUCCAGGCAAGAGCAGCUCCACGUCCAGCCAGCCUGUGCUCACCCACGCCUCCCUUCUUCAAGCACCUUACGAGCAGACUGUCAUCUUUCCUACCAGUGUGGGUCACAUUGUGGUGACCUCAUCCAGUAGCGGGUCAUCGGCAGCAGUGAGCGGUCAGACGCUCUGCGGCCCCCCGACCAGCCUGAUGCGUCGCAGUACGGUAAGCCUUCUGGACACCUACCAGAAGUGUGGCCUGAAGAGAAAGUGUGAGGAGCUGGAUAACGGCAGUGUGCAAAUUGUAGACGAGCAUCCCCCCAUGACGCAGAACAAUGCUAGUGGGGUUACUGCUGCUACCACUUCCACGGCCACCUCCAAGAACAGUGGCUCCAACAGCGAAGGGGAUUACCAGCUGGUGCAACAUGAAGUCCUCUGCUCCAUGACCAACACCUACGAGGUGUUGGAGUUCCUGGGCAGAGGCACCUUCGGGCAGGUGGUGAAAUGCUGGAAAAGGGGCACCAAUGAGAUAGUGGCAAUCAAAAUCUUGAAGAACCACCCUUCGUACGCCAGACAGGGCCAGAUUGAAGUGAGCAUACUGGCGCGGCUCAGCACGGAGAGCGCGGACGACUACAACUUUGUGAGAGCCUACGAGUGUUUCCAGCACAAGAACCACACCUGCCUCGUCUUUGAGAUGCUGGAGCAGAACCUGUACGACUAUCUCAAGCAGAACAAGUUCAGUCCGUUACCGCUGAAGUACAUCCGGCCCGUCCUGCAGCAGGUGGGCACCGCUCUCAUGAAGCUGAAGAGCCUGGGUCUCAUCCAUGCAGACUUGAAGCCGGAGAACAUCAUGCUGGUUGAUCCUUCCAGGCAGCCGUACAAAGUCAAGGUCAUCGACUUUGGGUCCGCAAGCCAUGUGUCCAAAGCUGUGUGUUCCACCUACCUGCAGUCCAGAUAUUACAGGGCUCCGGAGAUUAUCCUGGGUUUACCUUUUUGCGAGGCCAUCGACAUGUGGUCUUUGGGAUGUGUAAUUGCCGAGUUGUUUUUGGGGUGGCCCUUAUACCCUGGGGCCUCCGAAUAUGACCAGAUCAGAUACAUCUCCCAGACACAGGGACUGCCGGCGGAAUAUCUGCUCAGCUCCGGAACCAAGACCACCCGCUUCUUUAACCGGGACGGAGACUCGCCUUAUCCCCUGUGGAGAUUAAAGACGCCUGACGAUCAUGAGUCUGAAACGGGUAUCAAGUCCAAGGAGGCCAGGAAAUACAUCUUCAAUUGUCUGGAUGACAUGGCGCAGGUGAAUAUGACCUCGGAUCUGGAAGGUAGCGACUUGCUGGUGGAGAAGGCGGACAGGAGGGAGUUUAUCGACCUGCUGAAGAAAAUGUUGACCAUAGAUGCAGACAAGAGAAUAACCCCCAUCGAGACCCUGAACCACCCGUUUGUCACCAUGACUCAUCUCCUGGACUUCCCACACAGCUCACACGUCAAGUCUUGUUUCCAGAAUAUGGAGAUCUGCAAGAGGCGGGUGAAUAUGUACGAUACUGUGAACCACAGCAAGACCCCCUUCAUCACACACGUAGCCCCCAGUACUUCCACCAACCUCACCAUGACCUUCAACAACCAGCUGAACACUGUGCAUAGCCAGCCCUCUGCAGCCUCCAUGGCGGCUGUUGCUCAGAGGAGCAUGCCCCUGCAGACAGCAGCCGCACAGAUCUGCGCUCGGCCUGACCCCUUCCAGCAGGCUCUGAUUGUCUGCCCACCAGCCUUCCAAGGCCUGCAGACCUCUCCUUCCAAACACGGCGGCUAUUCUGUGCGUAUGGAUAACACACUUCCGCUGGUCACGCAGACGGCGGCCGCGCAAGCUCUGCAAAUCCAGUCGGGCCUCCUGACUCAGGCGUGGCCCAGCGGCACUCAGCAGAUCCUGCUUCCCCCGGCGUGGCAGCAGCUGGCAGGAGUGGCAGCACCUACUUCUGUCCAGCAUGCCACGGUCAUCCCAGAGAGCAUGACGAGUACCCAGCAGCUGGCAGACUGGCGGAACAGUCACGCUCACGGUGGCCACUACAAUCUAAUGCAGCAGCCGGCGCUCCUGGCGGUCAUGUCACCCUACCCUCCGCUCAGCCCUUGAAAUGUGGGCGUGGCUCACGUCAUGAGACAGCAGCCAACCAGCUCUUCCUCUCCCGCAAAAAGCAUCACUCGUCAGUCAACCCUCAGGAACUACGAGAUGCUAUCCUCCCAGUCGCACAGUUCUCCCCAGCGCUCCAAGCGGGUGAAGGAAAACACCCCACCACGCUGCUCCAUACCCCAGAACCCUGCCCCCUGCGGCCCUUCCAUAACCUGCGGCUGGGGAGACGUACCUGCGGUUUCAUCUCGUGCUGACCACCAGCGGCAACCAAUAGUCAUCCCGGACACCCCCAGCCCGGCCGUCAGUGUGAUCACUAUCAGCAGCGACACAGAUGAGGAGGAGGAGGAGCAGAAACUCGUCGCUCCCAGCCUGCCCAAGCAGCGCCGGAACGUCAUCAGCUGCGUUACAGUACACGAUUCGCCCAUCUCCGAUUCCUCAAGCAACACCAGCCCCUAUGCCGCCAACGGGCAGCGACGCACCGCCAACACAGCUGCCCAGGAGAGCAAAUGCCAGCCAGAGAUCUCCUCCUCUUCCAACCCCCGCACCAUCAUUGUGCCACCUCUGAAGACCCAGCCGAGCGAGGGGCGUCUGGAGUGUGAAAAGAGGCAGCCAGAUACAACCAGCCACCACUCGUGCAAGCCCAAAUCCUCCUCAUCCACUACAGCUUCCAGCAAUUCUACGGUGUCGGCCACCUACCGACAGCCCAGGCCUGUGGGCCAUUCGUUCCAGCAACAGCCACUGAACCUUAGCCAGGUCACUCAGCACCUCAGCACAGAGCGCUCGGCCAGCCACCGGAGGCAGCAGGCUUACAUCACGCCCACCCUGGCCCAGGCGCCCUACUCCUUCCCACACAAUAGCCCCAGCCACGGGGCAGUGCACCCUCACCUGGCUGCUACCGCUCACCUGCCCAGCCAGCCGCACCUGUACACCUACACGGCACCUGCCGCUCUGGGCUCCACCGGCACUGUGGCCCACCUGGUGGCAUCUCAAGGAUCCGCGCGCCACGCCGCAUACCCAGCCAGCAUUGUGCCCGUCAGCAUGGCGUCGCGGUUGCUUCCCUCUCCCAGUCUCCACCCCAGUCAUUACCAGGCUCAAUUUGCGCAUCAGACUUAUAUCCCAGCCUCCCCCACCUCUGCUGUUUACACUGGAUAUCCGCUGAGUCCACCGAAAGUUAAUCAGUACCCUUACAUCUAGAUCCGGUUGGCGGGAAAAGGACGCCGGGGGGGGCACGGACUAAUGUAAAGGGUAUGAUACUAGUGAUAACUUUUUAACCUGGAGAAUUAUGGAAAUAGAGGCGGCAGGAUGCCAUUUGUUCCUUUUCUUUAUCCUUGAACACGUUUUGGAGUAACUCUGCCUGUGCAAGGUUCGGGGGGGACACCUGGACCUGUGUCUACGGAGACCUAGAACUCUAGGACUCCAAUGAACACUGAACGGUCUCUGGGACCGCCCGACGCAGAGUCUGCAAAGUCUUCUCUCUCCUCUGGACUUUUAACCUUUUUAAACUCUUGGGGGAAGGCGUAUGGACGUUGCUGCAGCACCCGUGGGGUGACCGCAAUGCUGUAAUUUAUUAAUCUGACUUACUGAUGAGAAACACACCGGGCUUUGGUGAUGUCGUGCAGAUUUAGGAGCUUAUACAGAGUCUAUAGAGUUAGGGGUUUGUGACCAUGAUGUAACUCAAGUUUUUAGUUUCUGUUUUAAUUUUAUUGUGUUCAGUAAGAAUUGGAGCAAGGGCUAUCCCUGCGCUAAAGGGAGCCCCCACUUCCAGUUUCUUCCUCCUUUUUACCCCUCUCCUAUAACUGGGGAGCACUCUGGAUACCUCUGAUAACACAUUUGCACCGCUUUUUAGGUUUCAGGUCCCCCUCCAGCACUAAUUGUAAUAAUUUUAAAUUUUAGAGGAUUGUAAUUUUUAUCAAUAGAGUAUAGAGGAAUAAUGGACUUCUGGCGCCUAGCCGGGAGGGUUUUAAGAUACCAAAAAAAAAAAAAAAAAAGACGAUCAAUGGGCAGUGGUUUUUUUCUUUUUGUUCUGAAGAGGGUUCUCGGAUGUCGUGAAAAGGGAUGACUGUGGCUACGUGGAGAAGGACUGCAAUAUGUGGACUAAAGAUCGCACUGUGUCUACGGGGGGACGAGAUGGAAAUUGCUGGAUGGACGGAAACGGAGACAGCUGCUAAUCUCUCCCUAUUCUGAGUCACUUUAGAAACGGACACUUCGCCCCCCCCCUUCCACCGCUACAAUGUAGCACAGCCGGGCGCGCUGUUUUAUAUGCUACUUCUGACAGAUCUAUAUGUAUAUAUAUAUAUAUAUAUAUAUAAAAAAAAAUUCCGUUCAAGUUGCACAAUAGAUAUAGACCCCACCCAUCACACAUCCCAGAGUCCAAAACACUACCCCUGUCUGUGAUCUAAGGUAACGGCAUGUAAAUUUGUGAUGUCCUAAAACGCGCUAUUCCAUGUCCUUCGCUCCUAGUGCCUUACAAACUGCUGAAAUUGUUUGGUUCUCGUUGUUUCUCUAAUAUCGUCCCGUGUUAGGUUGGUUGUCGGCGAGUCAAACCCAACUGUGCUAAAUCCACAUGGACCAUAAGUCUCUCCUUCACCCUUCUGAAUUUCGGGCGGCAUCCAUCUCUGUGUGCCGGAGGCGCAACCAGUAUUAAUCACGUUCACAAACUGAUUUUAAUUCCAUUACGUUUUAACCCCUCAGCUGCAGGAAGCAGUUUAGCAGGCGCAACCGUUGCCUGGAAUACCGGUCGCGUCGAGAUUCCCAGCAGUUCCUAAGACUCAGAGUCAUUAAGAAGACAAACGGCAAAAUCCCAAAUGUUGGCGCAUAGUUAUGUGUGUGACCGUAUAUGUGAGCGAAAUUUAACCCCUUCAGUGCUGAUGGGAUAAAAAAAAAAAGGGAAUAAAGGACCUGUAAUUUGUGAGACAA